AUGCCUAAUAUCGGGUUCCAGAACCUCCCCCUCAACAUCUACAUUGUGGUAUUUGGCACGGCGAUCUUCGUCUUUAUCCUGAGCCUGCUCUUCUGCUGCUAUCUAAUCCGGUUAAGGCAUCAGGCCCGGAAAGAACUGUAUGCCUAUAAACAGGUCAUAUUAAAAGAAAAAGUAAAAGAGCUGAAUUUGUAUGAGAUUUGUGCUGUUUGCCUAGAGGAAUUUAAGCCCAAAGAUGAGCUGGGUAUAUGUCCCUGCAAGCAUGCCUUUCACAGAAAGUGCCUCAUUAAAUGGCUGGAGGUGCGGAAGGUUUGUCCCCUCUGCAACAUGCCUGUCCUACAGUUGGCACAACUACACAGCAACCAGGAGCACGGACCUCCGCAAGGACCUCUGCCUGGUGCAGAAAACAUUGUAUAG